ACGAUGACAACCUCACAGUUUCUAAUCGCUACACUUGUUAUGAUUUCCACAAUAGAGGGCCAGGAGCGUCGUCGAAACGACAGCAACGUGGAAAAUGUCGUGCGUUCAGCUGUGGCAGAUGAAUUUAGCAGCGAGAUAGUCACCAAUAAAACUAGAGCUUAUUUGUCCUGCGAGUCUGGAGAGAUGGUGGUAACAAUGAAUUUUACGGAACCUUACCGAGGGAUAACUUACACCGAUUAUGAUCGCUCAGGUCCUUGCAAACUCUACGGUGACGGUAGACGUUAUUAUCAGUUUCGGAUUCCAUUAAAAGGUUGUGGAACUAAACAAGAGGCGCCACGAGUAUUUAUCAACAACAUUUUAGUACGUUUUCAUCGUUCUCUGGAGCUUGAUGAUGACGAAGUGAAGACGAUUAUAUGCCGUUAUCCUCCGCCUUUAGCACCACCCCCAAAUAAUCUUAUACCCACUAAGCUGGAGCCAACUCCCCCUCUGGCUGUUGUAGCUACGCCUAAACUAUCCGAAAUAGAAUUGCUUCUGAUUGUUUGUGCACUUCUGUUCUUGACUCUGCUAUUACUUGGAGUUGGCAUGGCCUAUUACUGCCUGAAGAAGCGAAACAUCAAGAUUGUACGACGAAGACGAACUGAAUCUUCAGUUCCUGGAAGUGAGAUCACCAAAUUAAGUAGCUCCACCAGGGGUCCAACGACAAUGAUAGGAACUAUUAGUAUUCCUCGUGCUUCAGCCAUAUCCGGAUCUGGGUCCGAGGCAGUUUUGUUAACUUCUGGAUCUUCUCAGCAUGGUUCUGGUGGUACUAAUGAAACUCUUCCUUCCGACUACCCAAGUGAAUCUCCAUCUUCAAUCAACUCAGAUGAAGAACUGGAUGCUCACAAGAGUAUGUCUGUUAAGGAUUUUUCGAACAUGAGGAAUGGGGGCUACAGGUUCCAAAAUAGAGCUUUUGUCCCUGAUGAAGGACCAAUUAUACAGGGUUAUCCUUCAGACCAAGAAAAUAUUCAAACCAGUUCCUCGUUUUACGCAGAAAUUGCUGAAAAACCAUUCGAAUACAGAACUGAUGAUAAGAGACAGAGAAUGGUUAAACAAAUGCUGACUACCAUUAUAGAGAAAGAAGACAACGUUAACACAGACACUAUGAAUGAACAACUAACGAGACUUCAGAAAUUUUCCAAAGAAGACUUAUAUUCAACUCCAAAGUCUAAAACUAAUGCUUCAUUGCAGGUAGACAAACAUACUAGGGAUUCAUUCUUCGUGCCCAAUGAUUCUGCGUCAUCGUUAGCAAGAGGUGACCAUGAUUAUAUGCAAUCUGAAAUUGUUGAAUUCUUACCAGUUGAAAAAAGACUACCACCAGAUCCCUCUUAUGAACCAUCAGUAUAUGGAAGCAUUUCUGAUAAUGGGAACUGGUCCCAAACAGAGAUUGAGGAUGAACUUCCAGUUAGGCCAUAUAUUCGAAAACCUAAGUUUAGAGUUUCCAAUUUGGAGGACCGCUUCUUCGAUACAAGGACAUCAACAGAGAUUGAAGAAACUAAAAAUGUUCAUCGGUGGACUCAUCUGUCAGGUAAUCAGACUAAAUCUGUUGAUGAUGACAAUCCCGAAGAUGAUUUAAUGCCACAACCAAAACCUCACGUUACUCUCCAGAAUAUUGAUGAAGUACAUUUCUCCAAAAUGAAUGAGACUAGUUCUUCAGAAUACUCAAAAAUAUAUAAAAAAGAGAUCAAAAAUCAAUACUCUAGAAAACCAACAUCUUGGGAUGUUAAAUUUCGGAAUCAUCCUCCAGAAUUAAAUACAGAUAAAAACUGGGAUGAAGAAGAUGAAAAACUACGAGAUACUGAAAGUAAUGUAACAAAACCUGCUUUUCAGAGAAAGAUUGGAUCCCAGGAGUCAACAUGUCCAGAGGAAAACGUAAGAGAUAAUUUUUUUAUUAAGGACAUAGUAUUUCGAGUUCUAAAUCCGUCUCCAAUAACUGAGGCUAUGGAACUGUCCGAAGAAGACAAAGAGAAGUGGAAAACCAUAAUCAAUUCAGACACAACUUUCCGCUCACUGAUUCAGGAAGCAACAGCAACUGAGGAAUUAAUUAGAAUUAGCAGAGAUGAACGAUACAAACAGUUAUAUACACCAAACAAGUGGCAAGUUAUUAUUCGUAUAUUAUCGGCACCAGAUUAUAGCAGUCGAACAAAUGUUAAGGAAAAUUCUCGGGAAGUGAAAAAUCCACGAUUUAGGAAAAAGAGUGAUUAUGAAACGCGAAACCGUAAGAGUUCUCUUACUCCACUUUACGAAAUAGACUCCGAAAAUUCACGUUCUGGUAGAUCAUCCCCAGUUAGUGUUAAUUCUCACUGGACAUCUCGAUCUUUUGGAUCUGCGAGGAACUUUGACGGGCGAUCCAUGACAGAAAUGGAUGUAGAUUUCACACACGCUGACAAGGAAUCCUUAUGGAGUGUGGACACUGGUUACACUCACAGAACUGCCCGUAGUGCCGCUGAAAGGUCUUGCUCUGAGUAUAUAGAAGAAGUGCCAACCAUUUCUAGCCUUUUUGGUUCUGGCCACUGCCCUGUUUUAGAGCGGUCAACUUCUGAAUUCCUUCAAUUGCCAGAAACCAUUCUCAAGAUCAAAGAUUGUGAUUCUAGGACUGAUUACCAUAGCGCUUCUAGUGCAUCCAUAGAUACACUCAAUACUCACAGAAAAACGUCAUUGGACUGUCGACGAAGUCAUCGGGAUUUAGAUAAUUAUCCUACAGAAAUUACCAUAACAUCACCAGUUCUUAGAACCUUGGACAGAGCAUCUAGUGUAGGUGAACGAGAAGAAAUCAAAAGCACAUCUGAAACUGACAUUUACGAUUGGCAGAGAUAAUGAUCUAAUACAUAGAGAUAUAGGUGUGUAUAAAAUAUCUUCGUAACUCUAUUCCGUGAUAUAAAUAUACCAGAAAAAAAAAAUGAGUAUCAUAAUUAACAUUACAUUAAUAGGAAUUAAGUUUCCUCAGAAAUUUUGGUUUGUGUUUCUAAUUGUUCGUUUUGAAUACCGUAAAGUUUAGUAAAUUAUUUAUAAUUAAUACAAAUUGAUUAUGGUUUAUCAUCGGUUUUAAGAAGAAUGAAACUUCUCAGUGAAGUUCAGCUUUCGUUCCUAAUAUAUUUCUUGGUUAACUUAAAAGGUGCUAUAUUGUUGUCGUUCGAAAAUAUUUUGAAAUAAGCUUUAUGAGAAUAAGAAGAGUAUGAACUAUCACAUAAGACCUUGUUCUUAUUUUAUCCCACUUUGCUUCAAUUUUUGCGAAGUUUUGUAAAACUGUAUAUUCGUGAUACACAUCGUGCUACACUGCAGAUCUGGUCCACAUUUCUGUUAAUUAAUACCUUCACGGACCUGGAAUUGAAGUUAUGUUUUUUUUUUUGUCUGUCCAGAAAGCUCUUUUUUUUUAAAUACAAAAAUCUGGGUCAAACAAGUAAGCAGUAACAAGUCCAUCUAAAGUGCUAUUUUAUAUGCAAUACGUAACAUUAAAAUUGUAUAUUAUUUAGGAUUUCGUUGCAAUUUUGAUAAACAAAAAUAACACACACACACUACGUGAAACUUUCAACCAUUUUGAACCGUUCUCCAAGUUAAUAUAAUUUAUGAAAUGUAUUUGUUCUGAUAGCUUAUUUAAUAGAUCGGAAGAGCAAUAAAACUGAUGACAACUGAAGGGUAUAAUUAAAUCUUUUAAGGUUGAAUGCAGGUGUUCUUAAGUUGUUAAUUAUUUUUUCAAGAAACCGGAAUAGAGUAGAGUUAGAUAUGAAGUUUGAAUCUUACGUAAAUCAACAGGCGUUAAAUAUUGGUUAAUAACAAAAGCAAAAUCUGGGAACUGUUUUUAGUUUGAUUUUAUUAUUUUUUUUUACCAUAACGUUUACACCAGUUGAUGUCUAUUAAAAAUCUUAUAUAUGUCUUGAUAUCAGUUCUCGAUAUCACAAUAAAACUUGCUUGGCUGUCAUUACACUCCAAUCCUUGCGUUGAAGAUAUAUUAUAUCAUACCUUAAAUAUCAUAAGUUUAUUAUUUCCAACAGAAAGU